GAUGAACAACGCAGAAUUUCCACCAAUAGAUGGGCUGCAGCAUGCGGACUGGAUUAUAUCCUCGGAUGUGCAAAUGCGGGUUCGACAUGGUUUUUCUUCCUCUGGCUGCGGAAUCGGGGUGAUAGAUGGGGAUAGAUGCUCGUUGUUUGGUGAGGAAAUAGGCGUGAAUGGGAAACAGGGGAGGAGUUCCAAUUAUCCAUGUUCCAACACAGAGGUUCGUUUUAACCGGUGCAGUGCACAUGCUACAUAGACGUACCAAUUGAGUGAAUGGCAUGACAAGGUCGUCUUGCAAUCUUCAUAUAUAGAUAUAGUACCAUGCCACUCCACGUUGUACUUGCCAAGAAUUUUAUUCUUGAAACUCGGGGUUUUUUUUUUCUUUCUCGUCGUUGUCUUUGUGCUUCACGAUUGAGUAGUUCCAAGGGAACAAGGACGACAAGAUGGGAAAGUUUUUCAAUAUCUCACUGGCGGUGUUUGCAUCUACCGGAUCGUUUCUUUUUGGUUACGAUGCUGGUGUGAUGACAGAUGUGAUAGCCUCUCAAAAUUUCCUCACUUUCUUCAACACAACACAAGAUUCCUCUAUUAUCGGUGCUAUCAACUCAACCUUCAAUGGUGGUGCUGUGUUUGGUGCCCUUCAGGGCGGUCUUACGAUGGAUCGAUAUGGACGAAAGAUUACUAUCUUCAUGGGUGCAUUGAUCUGUCUCGUUGGAGCAGUUUUACAAACUGCUGCACAAAAUCUGGCCAUGAUUCUCGUGGGUCGUAUCUUUACAGGAUGGGCGGUCGGUCUGCUCAGUAUGGCUGUACCAGUUUACAACGCGGAGUGUGCGGAUCCGAAAAUUAGAGGAUUGAUUGUGGGAUUGAGUCAACAGAUGAUUGGAGUCGGUUUUAUUGUAUCAACUUGGGUAGGAUAUGGCUGUGGUGUUACAAAAGACAGUCCUAUUCAAUGGCGAGUACCACUCGCUGUACAAAUGAUUCCUUGUCUUAUCCUCGCUUCUGGCAUUCUUUUCUUCCCCGAGUCGCCUCGUCACCUCAUGGAAACCGAUCGUGAAGAUCAGGCAUUGGCGAUUUUGAGAAAAUUGCAUUUCAACGGUUCGAAUGAUGAAUUCAUCGUCAAAGAAUUCAACGAGAUCAAGGAAACCAUUGCGGCAGAAAAGGCAGUUACGGUGCCAGGAUGGAGAGUCAUGUUUACAGUACCACAAUGGAGAACAAGAUUAGGUCAUGGAGUUGCUGUUCAAGCAUUUACUCAGUUCACUGGAAUUAACGUUAUUGGUUACUACCAAAAUACUAUGUACAAGGCGUUGGGAAUUACUGGAAACAAAGCCUUGCUCGUCUCUGGAAUCUACAACUGCAUGGGACCUUUGGGAAAUCUCGUCUUCAUCACCUUUAUGAUCGAUCGAGUCGGACGUCGCAAGCCACUCCUCUGGGGAACCGUCGGUAUCACCAUCGCCCUUGUCUGCCAAUCUAUAAUCAACAGUCGAAUUGAUCCCGAAAACGCACAGCGUGGUCUCUCUAUCGGAGGAGUCUUCUUCAUUUUCUGCGUCACCGUCAUCUUCUCAUUCUCAUGGGGUCCCAUCUCCUGGGUCUACAUGUCCGAAGUCAUGCCCAUGCAAAUCCGUGCUCGUGGAAAUGCAUUCGCAACUGGUAUUGGUAACUGGCUUGUCGCUACAUUCUGGGCACAAGUUUCCCCUCAAGCUUUGAAAGCGCUGACGUGGAAAUUUUAUUUCUUGUUUGCUGCAUGGAACGUAGUAGUCACUAUUCCCAUUGUCUUUUUCUUCUUCAAAGAAACCAAACAACUCUCCCUCGAAGAAAUCGAUCUUCUCUUCGGCGAUCGCGCACUCGGUACCCUUCCAGAUGAUAUCUCGAAGGGAAUUGAACACAAUGGUGCUGUUGAGACAGAACAUCAUGAAAUGCAUGAUAAAGGUGCAGAUCAGGUUUAGAAAUUGAAGUGGAGCGGAUGUUAAUAUACCUUGGAGAAAUGAAGAGAAGAUAAGAUGGGCAGCAUACACUAUCGUUUUUGGUCUUCGAGUAGUUACAGUUGAAAGCAGAUAGCUUGAAAUAUAUUAAAAUAGUAAGAAUCGAAGUGAUAUAUACAUAUAUGGACUUGAUUGUUAUUGAAGGAAAACUACUUCCCUACUGUUGGUGAAGUGCUUCAGAAACCGCCGAGGUCUGUAUCUCAAGUCGAUUGCAUAAGUAGCGAUUAAUUGUUGGACUUUUAGAGGCUAUACAGCUAGCAAUAAACACGUCAAAAGAAAAGAAAUUAAUGCUUCAGAAUCGAGAAUAAGAACGAGCAUAUGGACUUUAGAACAAUAACGACCAAAUUAGCGAACAGAAUUGAGGAGAGAGAACCA